CUUUUAAACAUCAGACAGAAAUUUAAAACAAUUUGUUGAAUAUAAAAAAAAAACAAGUUGUCGUUCCCACAAUGGCCGGCAGCAAAUUAAUAAACCUAUCAGGUUUUGGAAUACUUGUUCUAGCUAUUUGUUUUGUAAAUGGAAAAGAGUUAAAUUCGAAUGAAGACGAAGCUAGACAAUUUCUAAAUGAAACAAGUGAUGAAAUGUUUAAUUUUUUCGAUGAAUUAGUAGAAAAAGAUUAUAUCUUUGAAGUUGAUAUUCGUUUGAAUCAAUACAAAACCAAUCGAAAUUACAUAAACUUUGUGAAUCAAAUUGUUGAAAAUGCCAGAGAGUUUGACUUUAAGAAUUUUAAAGAUGAAGAUUUGAAAUACGCAUUUGAAAUAUUGGUUAAACUUGCUGAUGAGAAUAUUAUUGGAGCCACUCGUUAUUCACGAAUAUUAGAAUCCUUGAAAGAACUUGAUUAUUUAACUCAAUAUAAAGAGAUUCCGAAAUAUGAUCGAAGGAAUUCUUUUUUGGCAUUUUUUCCUGAUGUUUUUGAAAUAAUGGGCAAAUCGAAUGAUGAACAGGAAAUUCAACACUAUUGGGCUGCAUGGAAGAAAAUCACUGGAGAAUGGGCUAAGGAUAACCUUGCUAAAACGCUAGAUGGGUUAAAGGAUGCUGCAAAUUUGAGUGAUGUAACUCCCUUUGAGUUUUGGUCAAGAGGAUUCAACAUCACCGAUAUGGAAGAUGCUUUAUUCGAAAUUCAACCACUCUAUUUGGAACUUCAUGCCUUUAUUCGUUCUUCAUUACAAAAACAAUACGGCAAAUCUGUUAUCGGACCCGAUGGACUAAUUCCUGAUCAUUUGUUUAAGCAACUAUCAACUCAAGCUUCAGCAAGGGAUAGGGUUGUUGAAGAAAUAUUCCCUCGUGAAAGUCUUCCAGCUAUCGACUUGGCCAUUGACAAAUAUACAACAAAACAAUUAUACGAAUUUGCUGAUGAUUUUUUUGCUAGCUUAGGAUUCGAAAGAUAUCCGGCAAGUAUGUGGGGAGAUCGUAUACGAUAUAAAAUUCAUGGUGUUGAUGAUGAAGAGGAUGACCGAAAAGAAUGUCGAGCUAGAGUUAUAAGUAAAACACCGAAUAUAUAUUUGAAAUUUUGUGAAAAUCCAGACUUUUGGGAUUUUCUUGAAGCUUAUCGUAAUAUGGAUUAUAUUUACUAUGCCAAAGAAAUGGUAGGGUUGCCAGCAUAUUUCUUUGGAGCUCAUGUUAGUUUGGAUUAUGCACUUGGAAAAGCAAUGGUUGUGUCGGCAAUGAGUCAUCGGAAUUUUAAAAAGAUUGGAAUGAUUUCGGAGGAUGUUGAGAUUCCAAAGAAAGUUGAAAUGAAUCGUAUUUUUAGAAUGGCCAUGCGUCGUGCAUUAUACCUUCCAGUGGAUUUCUUACAUGCUAAAGCUUUUGGAGAUUUAUUGUCAGGAAAAGUUGAAUUGAAAGACCUAAAUGAGCAUUAUUGGGAUUUGAUGAAGACUUAUGCUGGGAUUAAGAAACCAGUUGGACAUGCAACUGAUACUUUUGAUUUUCCUGUUAAUGUUUAUAAAGAAUUGAAUGAUAAUCAAAUGUCAAGAGAUUAUACCACCGAAUUUUUUACAUUUCAAAUUCACAAAAAACUUUGUGAACUGAGUGGAAAUUAUCCUAAAGAACCCUUGUAUUCUUGUGUAAUAAGUGGAAGUAAGGAAGCUGGAGAUGCUUUAAAAAAAAUGAUGAGUCUUGGAAAAUCAAAACCAUUUUACCAGGUCAUUGGAACUAUGUUUCCUGAAAAUCCAAAAAUGAGUGGUGAUGGAAUGUUGGAGUAUUACAGGCCGAUUAAGGACAUACUGGCUAAGAAGAACAAAGAAGCAAACUCAAAACUCGGUUGGGAGGGGCAGCUUCAUAUGAGAAAGCCAUAGUUAUCUUUUAAAGAAGAUUAAAACGUUCAUAGAGUUGAUAUGGACAUUUGU